GUACAGGCUUCGCAUCAAAGACUCUCCGGCGUCGUUUCUGUAUCUAUCUGUUGCACCGCGUUCGUGAUAGAUUAGGCUCUCGUGAUCCGACUGUCGCAGGGAAGCAAUGGAUAUCACUUUCUCGUCAUUGUAAUUUCGCGAAGGAAUAUCAAUAUGUCGUGGCCAGAAAUUUAAUUUUUUUGCUCGGGUGUCGUUGUCGUUUCUUGGGGUCGUACCGAUGGUUUAAGUCAGUUCCUUCGCAGUAGAAAUGUCGUUUCUAGGACCAGGAGGUCGUAUUGUAGGUGCUUUUGGUCGUGUUGUAUCAGAAGUGAAGUGGUGGAGGUUUUUUUGAAGGCGAGUAACAAGUUAACACCGACCAUCAUUUUUCUUGGACCAAGCAACUGGAACAGACGCGAUCUGUAUUUACAAGAAGUAGUAUCCUCGUCGGCUGUCAAACUAAAUUUUGAUCAAGAUGCAGAAAUCGCUCCGGACGCCCGGGUCUAUGAAGAAGAAGUACCUGACCAGUUUCCUUGAUACAGCCCAAAAAUCCCACCAGAACAGCGUCGUGCGGAGUAUUGCCUUCGAAAUCACGCAGCUGCAAAAAGAAAAUGAAGAUGUUAAUCCGCUGGACAUCUCUCUUUCCGUCUCAGAAGAGAGUCGCGACGCCGAUUUUCGCUGGAGCAAGAAGCGGUUGCAUUUUCACGGCAAACGAAGGCUGACGAAAGACACUAUUUCCAGUUGCAGUGACUACGAGGUUGAACCCCUGGAGGAAGUAGUGGCCCCGCAGCAGCAUGCGGCAAAAAAGAGGAAGGAGGACCAAUAUCUUCCCCAGCAAGUGCAACAGACUCAAAAACCAUCGUGGACUGCGAAACCUGUAGAAAAACAAGCUGAAAAAGAAGACAACUGCGACUCCGCCGCCGGCGGGAGCGGCUCCAGCGGUUGGAACGAAAAGCAGGAAUCAGCCGCGAGUCGGCGCAGCCCCAAGAAAGAGAUUUCCUCGUCCGGUGCUGGCGGUGAGUCCUCUUCGACCGAGAAUGAAAACGAGCAGCGGACCCUCCGUCGACGCAGCCGCGCAAGCGGAAGCGGUGCUCCGAGCUCACCAUUGAGACCCCGGUCUACUUUGCCGUUGCUGGAAGCUCUGAAGAAGGAACCGGAGGUGGAGACUGCCGAAAUAUUAAAACCUGCCAAAACAGUCUGGGAUCUUAGGACGACUAGUGGUGUAGCUGGCUUUCUGAAGCUCCUCAAAGAACAAAAAGGACAGCUCGUAAAUAGGGCUGUUGAAGAAGAACCGUGUUCAUCCGAACAACCCGUCCCGCCGCAAGCACCCGAGUCGGUUUCCUGCGUGGAUGACUUCUACAUGGAGGUAGACGACGAUGAUGCUGACGACGACGAUAUGAGCGAUAUGGUGGAGAAUAUGAACAUUCACAAGUUCCUGAACUUCCUCAAACUCGACGAGCGGGUCAAUCUGGACAACGAGCUGAUUUUGAAAACCUUCGACCGCUAUGACGCGAAGAGGAAGAAAAACGACAAAACGCAGCACGCAGAGUCGUCGAGCGAGGGACCGCCGGCCGGGCGGGACCAGGAGGUUUUCCUCCGGGGAGGCUCGUUCUCCUUCGGAGCGGCUUUGGGGUCGUCCAUGCGGAAACAAGUCAAACAAGCGGAUGUUAACGGGGAUGACAGUAUCAUCCCAAGCGAGCAGUACGCAAAGCCGGAGACACAAAUCACACCAGAAAGCUGCGCGGAAAGUUGCAAAUUGCAACCGUUGCGACGAUGCAAAACAGUCACCUGGGACGGCGCUGACGAGGGUGCGGACGCGGGAACGGGCGGGUUUGCAGCUGCCGGAACUAAUGUCUGGUGCGACGAAGACAUGGAGAGGCUCGGAGAAAAGCGUUCGUCGAGUAAGUCCCCGGGGCCCGCGGAAUUCUUGGAACAAAUUCGGCUGAUGCGAGAGCAGCAUCGGACAAGAAGCAGGGAAAACUGAAGCAUUACCGACACUGAUGGAACACAAUAAAAGUAUCGUAAGUAUUGCAGUAGUGCAAGAAGGAAAAUAUUUUUUAAUGCGGAUUUUUUACACAACGACAUCAAAUUAGAAUUAAAAAGCUACUGACUGCCUGAAUCAAAUCUCAUGCGUCACACACCCUAGUAAGUAUGAUUCAAUAAAAAGAAGUACCAUUCCAAUUCAUUGUUUCGAAGUUAGCACACAUGCCAGUUUAGUUCUAUCGUGCUUGUUGCAAUUUAUUAGCUGUAGCACGUCAUGAUCGUUAUCUUUGGUUGUCUCACUGUAUUUUAGAGUUGCGUUGUUUUGCUGUCAUGUGUACAUAGCAGCACUAGUGGCAUCUUUCAGCUUAGUACAAUGUUGUACCGAUGCUAUUCCCAGACCAUGUCGCGCGUAGAUUUUCAAAAGUUUGACUUUUCUACGGGAGCGGGUGUGGACCAUUGCAGCAACUUUUACUUGUUUCCACGUCGGAAUGGUGAC